AUGCAUCAGGCUGGCCACCAUCCCUGGCUUUCUGCAGCUGUGAACGGCUCAGCGGGGCAGGUGCCCCAGAGGCAGCUUCCGGAGGUGCUGGGCGGGGCCUGGGAACCACCUCAAGGGGUCGGGCUGCCCCCGCUAACUGUCAUUGUCACUGCCUUUGUCUUGCUGGCAGUCUGUAUCGUGGUGGCAGUCCACUGUGGGCCAAGGCUACACAAGGGCCAUGCCACUCUCGCCACAGAGCCACCAUCCCCAAAGCCAGAGGGUGGCAUCUCUCUCACCCACUGGCGAGUGCUGGGCCGUCAGGACAGUCACGAAGAUGCCCAGCAGGAACCUCCUGGCUCUGACUCCUGCCCUGUGCCAGAUGGGCCCAGGUUCAGCAUUGAUGAAGUCACAUUUCUGUAG